UGCAACAAGGAACAAAUCCAGCAGCCAUGGCUUCUGGCCACACUCACCAUUUGAACGGGCGUUCAGUAGAUAGUCGUAGCGAGCCACGUCCCGUUCGGCUAGUAGUCGCUGUGCCGCCUUUUUCUCUGGUCUCGCCUUAAUUCCCUUCAGCCUUCAAUUGUUACAGCUUGAAUUCUCGUCGCCUGCGAUGGCUGCGACGUUUCUGAGUCGCCUGCCGAACGUCGUUCACAUUCAGGAGCGACUGCUUCGCCUGUGGUACAUGCGACACGGCCUGCGACUGCUCGACGUGCAGGUGGACGACGAAACCAGCGUUGCAUGCUGGGCCCCGCGACACUACGCCGACUCCCUCGCCCGAUCGCAGUCGUUGAAGCGGAAUGCGGCAGGGCCGAGAAAUCCAGAUCCCGACUAUCGGCGCGCAUCGUCAGCUGGUCGUCCGAAGCAGCCGCUGCUAAUGCUGCAUGGCUUUGGCGCGUCGGCCAUCUGGCAGUGGACCAAUCAGGUCGCGGCAUUCUCGCGCGACUUCGACGUCUUGCUUCCCGACCUGAUAUUCUUCGGCGGGUCGAGCAGCCGCAGCGAUCAACGGUCGGAAUUCUUUCAGGCGGGCGCCAUGCUGCGCCUGCUGGACCGCCUUGGGAUCUCCGAGUGCUCGCUUGUGGGGCUCAGCUACGGCGGCUUCGUCGCCUACAGAAUGGCGUGCCUGGAGCCGGGCAGGGUGCAGCGCCUGGUGCUAGCGGCGUCAGGGCUGAUGACGUCAGCAGAGGAGCACGCAGCGGUGCUGCGGGAGUGGCAGGUGGCGCACAUCGCGGAGCUGCUGCUGCCCGACCACCCCGCUGGUGUGCAGCGCCUCAUGUCCCUCGCCUACGCCCAAGACGCGCCCUCGCUGCCCGCCUGGGUGCUGCGGUCCACUUUUGAGGCGCUGUUUGACAACCAGGAGGAGAAGCGCGACAUGCUGGACGAGGUGCUCAAGUACCUCGCUCAAACGGGCCUGAAUGAAACCGGCUUGGAUGAGACAGACUUGCCGGCAGCAAGCGUGGAUGGAGGGGGUUUGGAUGGCCAGCGGCCUGCUGGGGAUGGCAAACACGAGCAGAGUGGCAUGCCCCCGCUGCAGGAGCUCAAUCCAUACAACAUCCCUGUACCUGAAAUGGAGACUCUUCUGGUGUGGGGCAGCUGCGACGCCAUCUUCCCUCUGUCGGUGGCCCACCGCAUGCACAGUCACUUUGGGCCCGUGUCGUCAUUGGCGGUGCUAGAGGGAGCGACCCACGCACUCAACAUCCACCGACCAAAGCCGUUCAACGAUGCUGUCAUGAGCUUCCUUCGUGAUGGGAACAAUGCUGAGGUGGAUUCAAAUUCAUGAAUGCUGCUAGUUGGAAGGAACACCAUGCUCUGCUUGUUCUGAGUUGGAAGGAACACGCCCAAUGCAGCCAGGCUGCAAGGUUGAUGAUACAAUGGUUUGGACACUAAUCUUAGCGGAACACACAAGUCAAGCGACUGGAGAAAGUGGGAAACCAGGUAACCAGGUAACACAUGGUUCCCAAUGGUGUUUCCGAUGUUGUGAUAUAAUUGAUACUUAGCAUU